CAGGCUUGCGGACCGCUACCGCGCACGCGCAAUGCAGUGCUGGUGGCUCUACUCCCGGGCGUCCAGCGGGCUGCUUGUCAAGUACGGUUGUGUUUCUCAAGUAUUGACGGGCCGCGGUGGCGGACCCGGACUCUGGCGGCAGCACGGAGGCGCAAGCGGCGUCCGAGGGAUCCGGGCCGAGCACCGCCACCCGGACGGCCCCUCCGGUGACGGUGCUGGUGAUGCGGCAGGACGAGGCCGAGGCGGAUGGCGCUGUAAGGCCGGGGAGUGAGGCGGCGGCAGACCCCGAGGACGAGGCCGGGGAGGACGACGCCGACCUGCUGGACACAUCGGACCCGGCGGGCGGCGGCGAGAGUGCGGCCAGCCCGGAGGAGCUGGAGGACGAGGACGCGGAGGGUGGCGGCGGCGCGCGCAGGCGAGGCUCCAAGACCUGCACCUACGAGGGCUGCCGCGAGACCACCAGCCAGGUGGCCAAGCAGCGCAAGCCCUGGAUGUGCAAGAAGCACCGCAACAAGAUGUACAAAGACAAGUACAAGAAGAAGAAGAGCGACCAGGCCCUGGGCUCUGGCGGCCCCUCCGCGGCCAGCACAGGCAACGUCAAACUGGAGGAAACCACAGACAACAUACUCUCCAUGGUCAAACAGAGAACAGGAUCUUUUGGCGAUCGCCCUGCAAGACCUACACUUUUAGAGCAAGUGUUAAAUCAGAAAAGACUGUCAUUACUAAGAAGUCCAGAAGUUGUCCAGUUUUUACAGAAACAGCAGCAGCUUCUAAAUCAACAAGUGCUGGAGCAAAGGCAGCAGCAGGUCCCAGGAGCACCGGUGUAAGGCUGAGGAAGUCUGCUGUGCUUUACCUUACUAUAAUGGACAGGUGUGCUUUCAGACUAAGACAACGACGCCUUGAGAAUCAGGCAUUGGGGGUGCACACCUGGAAUCCCUGAACUUGGAAAACUGAGCCAAGAGGACCCCAAGUUCAAAGCCAGCCUGGGCUACAUAGCAAGUUUCUUUCUCAAAAAAGAGAAAGAAAGAAAUAGAAAAACUACUUUCUGUAAUAUGCGUGUACAUUUGAGGAUAAAUAAGUAUUGAAUUUUUGCAUUUAAUUGUUUCAUAUCACUAUGUUUUAAAAAAAAAUCACCUUUAUGGUUUUUUAAUGUUUUUCUUCAGUUAUGCUUACUGAAGCUAACGAGGCAAUUACUUUCUGUGGAAGUUAUAAAAGUAAUAGUAAUAUCAAAUCACCCAUUACUGUGAAUGUCAUCAAGAGGUACUGGAGAGGAAUAGCAUGUUUUGGGUUGUCACCGUGACCUUCAACUAGCCAGGCUGUAGUGAGGGGCCAGGAACCCUAACGUUCUGCAGUGUCUGUGUCUGUGGUCUUCCACCAGUUAAAUGCUACCUUGCUGUCAGUGCGCCUCAGCUGCGUUGAUGACCUGCAGCCAGCACCAAGUCAGGUGCUCGCAGCAACCUUUCUAUGGAGUUAAGUGGAGCUCUGGAAGCUAAGCAUCUUUCUACCCACGAGGAACAUGGUCACUGAUCUCUUCAUGGAACUAGAGAGAGGACAUUAGAGUUGGUGCCUCCGUGCUUGGGGUCACUAUCCUGUAAAGCAGGUUGUCUCCUCAGUUGAAUCUGUGAACAGUUCCGAUAUACUCAGCCCACCAAGGCCAGGACAGAGUUGGUUUUCUUAUAGUCAUUCUUAAUGUUCUUUAUAAAGGAGAUCCUGAAAGUAUUGUAACGCUCACAUAUUGUCAGUGCUUUUCAAAAUUGAGCCCUUAUUCCUAGCUACUGUUAAAGGAAUGAUGGGUUAUCUAGGUACUUUUUUUUUUUAACUUUUUCUAGGAAAACUUUAAAAAGGCAAAAAUACCAUAAGAUACAGAAUCAGAUGCCAAGAGAGUAUAUCCAGGAGUAAGCUAAUAAGUGAUUCAAGGCGAAAUGUGUCAGGUGGUUGACACAUUAAACUUGGAAAUAAGUACUCACAGGACUAGAGCUGCAGCUUGGUCCUACUGCACCCACCUAGCGUGUGCAAGGCCCUCAGCCCACUCCCCACCCUCACCACCACCACCACAGUAAAUAAAUACAAACAAGAGUGAGUCUCUUCAUUUUGUGUUCUAUACUUGUAUAUCUGAAAAAGACCCUUUUGCCAGAAUUGACCAUUAAAGGGCAGCUGUUGAACUUUGA